GGUUGAGUCAUGUGAUAUCAAAUUUGCUUGGUGCUAAGGAGGAAUUUCGAGGUAUUAAUCACGAAGAGGUUCGAGUGUAGCGCGUCGAAAUACUCGCGCUGCUCGUACCUUUUUCUUCUUCUUAGCUUAGGUCCUUGUACCUGCCAACGAAAUGCACUUACCUUUUCAGCGAAUUUUGGUCUGCGGGGAGGUUCUCUUCUGCGCCCAAGGCGGGACCAUCCACGCUUUCAAUAUCAAGGACCAUUCAUAUCUGGGAAAAUGGGAUCAUCCUGAUUCUGCAAAGGAGGCAGAAGCCCAAAAGGAAUUGGCAGAGCAGAAAGCCACCAAGGAAGUACAUGAGGAUUCCCACGAUGCAGAGGAGUCCGUUGAGGAUGGACCACCCUCGAAACGGGUGAAGCUGGACCCAAGAUCCAGCACUUUGACCGAUACUGCCGCAACAGGUUCGCCAGCUUCAGGGAAUGGGACGGGGGCCGAGAGCACGAAUGGGGAAGGAAAGGGCAGACCGAAAAAGGGAUCCAGAAUGGCCGCCCCUAUACCAUCUGAUCUUCCCUGGGUUGCCAUCCUAGUCGCGACAAGCGACAGUCGGCAUCUGGUCGCCGUCUCAGGCCAUGACAAGACCAUCUGGACAUUCUCGCACGACGGAGCAGGGAAACUGACAGAGCUGAGCAAGCGCUCGAUGCCAAAGCGGCCCUGUGCUGUGGCGAUAACCGCUGAUAACCAGACCAUCAUCUCGGGCGACAAGUUCGGUGACGUGUUUGCCCUGCCGCUCAUCGAGUCCGAUACACCAAUUGCGGUCACUACGCUGGUUUCCCGGUCGGAGAAGAGGAAAGCUUCCUUCAAACCCGAGGCAGACGAGACGACCGUCCACUCAAUGCGGAACCUCCGCGCCCUGGCCAACCAGAAACUACACCUGGAACAACACAAAAAGAAGCCGGCCGAAGCCGAAGAUGCCGAUGCUAGCGGACCGGCGUUUGACCAUGCUCUUCUUCUCGGUCAUGUCUCGAUGCUGACUGCACUCGCCCUGAGCAGCCGUCCGUCCCCGUCCGAUCCCAAUGCCAUUAGGCCUUAUAUCAUCACGGGUGACCGCGACGAGCACAUUCGCGUCUCGCGCGGUAUCCCACAAUCCCAUGUAAUUGAGAAUUUCUGCCUCGGUCACGAGAACUUUGUCAGCGACUUGUGCAUACCGACUGUGCAGCCGGAGCGACUCUUGAUCUCUGGAGGUGGCGACUCUGAUCUUUUCCUAUGGGACUGGCCGAGCGGCAAGGUGCUGGACAGGCAGAACCUGCUUCAGCAUGUGCAGUCCUAUGACGCUGCAGCAGCAACCUUGGCUGUUUCGAAGAUUGUUUCGUUUGACAAGAUCCAAGGGGAAAUGCAGACACAUCACAUGGUGGCUGUGAUUUGCGAACGAGUACCUGCAAUCUUCUUAUAUGAGAUCAACGAAAGUGGCAGUUUGUCUCAUAAGCAGACUGUUUUCCUCCCGUCAAACCCGCUUGAUGCCGGCAGCAACGACGGUGACUUAAUCAUCGCAUUGGACACAACAUCUCCAACCUCUCGGAUCUCAUCAGAAUACGGAGAUAUCAUGGGAGCCAAGAGUUGUCUUGUUUAUCUGGGCGAAGACGGGCAGUGGAUGGUCAGAUUGUUUUCUGUGCAGCCUAAUCGGAACCUCAUACGCGAUAUGACAAGGGAGGAUCUUCACAGGGCGCUUUACCCAAUCGAGAGUUUGAGGAAAGCCCCCAUUGAGGAACGGGAAGAAGAGCCUGAAACUGCGGAAAAAACGAACUAGGCCAGUCACCCUAUUCACUAGAACUAGCCGUUUCGUAUCCCGAUGCGCAAGCGAUUUCGCUUUGUCGUGUCGAAGUCAACAAAGACUCCAAAAAUCCGAUGCUACCAUAUAUUACCCCUGUCAUAAUAUUUUCCAUGAGUUCCCCACGAGACAGAAGUCCUUCUCAGUCAGUAGCCUGCAAUCCAGGCCUUUUCCAGACACACUGCAGAUGGCCAAAAACCAUACCAAAUUCCUGGAUCUCUACCUCACGAGCCUCGACGAACCCAAACGUCCUGUACAGCCUCCUUGCAGCAGCCAGCUCUCGUAUCGUGUUUAGCCUGACCUCCUCGAACCCUACUUCGUCCACAAAAGCCAUGGCGGCCGCGAUCAGCUUCUUUCCGGCCCCGCUGCCGCGGACUGAGUCGUCGACGAUGAAGGACCGCAGGUGCGCGACGCCCGGCAGGCCCAGAUCCUCCCCGUCGAUGAAGAUGACGCCUACGAUCCGGUUAGUUCGAGCAUCGAUCGCGGUCCAGGCUUGGUUCAUCGGUCGAUCCAGCCGCCUCAGCAGGUCGGCUAGCGACGCGGACAGGUCAGCCUCGAACUGCAUGCCCCAGCCGUGGUGCGUGGAGAAGUACGCCGUGUUCAUCUCCAUGGCGCGCGCGAGGAGGCCCGGGCGGUAGCCGGCCUGGAUGGUGACGGCGGCUGGCUGCGGUGCAGGUUGUGUGGAGGCAGCGGUCGCCAAAGGGUCGCGCGCCGUUUGGGCCGCCUCCUGGCGCAUCCGCAAGGCGUGUAGGGUCGUUGCGUACAGCUGCAGUCCGCUCACAAUGGUGGCCGCCGCGGCCGGAUCGACCGCCUCAGCGGUGGUUAGGGCAGUCUGAACCUGGCCGGUCGCCAUGUCGUCGAUGGAGGCUAGCACGGCGCAGCCCCUGCUCGUCAUUCGUCGGCUCGUCAUUCGUCGGCUCGCCACACCGGAACCCUCCAGAACCGGCUCCACCAAACCGGCGUCGACGAGUUCACUCACAGCCCGGGCGAGGGUGUGGUUGUCGAAGCGGAGAACAUGGCGCAGGCCGGCGUCUGUGGCGACGCCCCUCUCGGCGAUCUCUAUCAGGCAGUGCGUCGCUGCCGGCGAGAGGCUGGUAUCUUCAUACGUUGAACGGAAGAAACCCCACUCGCGGGCGAGUUGGCGGGAAGCGGCCCUGAUUUGAGGUAUGUUUGGGUCUGUGUUUGGGGUUUGGGGUUGGGCUACAGUGCAGGACAUGGUGUCUGGGUUCCCCUGGGAGUAUGCUCUAUGAUGUGCAAGUACUUGCUUAUGGUAUAUUGCCAGCAAAGGUACAACUAUUAACUAGUUAUGCAGGAUGGUGCGUUGGGCUAUCUGGAUGAUCAGAUGGAUGUCACAAAAACGUUGAUCGUUUGGAUAGAAUCACCCGGAGUACGAAAUGGAAGAAAGGACUGGCUUGCACAAGAGGAUGACAGCCAAGAGCGGUAUCGGACUCGGCGAAAUCCCUCAUCUGGGGAGUGAGUCUUACUAUCUACACACUAUGUGCGCCGGUGGUAUACGGAGAUAUUUGAUGCUCCGAGUCCCGUACGCAAAAUAAAUUACGGGAUCGACAUGACGAAGUAGGUAAUACAGAAAAUGGCCUAGAUACUCGGUGAGCAUUCCAAGUAACUCGUAAGGCUGACGUCGACCAAGUAGACAAAAUCCCUAUCGGCGUUUAUUGUUAGCGCCCGUGCAAAAAAAUUGGCCGGCUUGCCGGUUUGUUCUUGAAACGAAUAUGUCCCUUGCCGAGGGUUUGUUGGUUGUCAUUAAUAUACUAGCCUUGCUAGCAUAGGCUGAGAAAGUUAGUACGAUUGAUUAAAGGGGCAGCUAUGCAUUGCUUCUUGACGAAAAUGGCAACUGCCUCGGCAGAGACGGAAGAAGAGAAAGAAGAAACACGAUAAUGAAAAAGACAUUGACAAGCAGGAUGGAAUGCAUAACAAGACGAGAGCAGAUCUAAAGAAAAAGAAUAAUUGUGAUGGGACAAGGUAGAAUGAGUUCAGCACCAAAUAAAAAUUGUCCAUUGUACUCACAUUGAGUUCGGAGUAAUGGAG